CGGGGGAGAGGUCAAUGAUGUCAAUUGUCUAAUACGUUGUUAUUAUUUCAAGUUCAUAACAAAGUCAUGUGCGCUUUCUUUUUUUCUGGUGGAACUUUCGCAAUAGAAAUAUCCUUAUGGCACGAGCAAGAAAGUGUUAAUGUAGCACAUUUAUGUAAGAAUUGAAGCGUGAAAGGGUGAAAAGCGGAUGUUUUUAUGUCUCAUCGACUGUAUCUACUGCUGUUAUGUUUUGUCUUCGCCUGUCACAAUGAAGGCGUGAAACUAGAAUGUGAAGAAUGUCCUAAAGGAACCUUCGCAAACGAAUCGUUGCCGUCAUGCCAGUCGUGUAACAAAACUGGCUUUUGUGUUGGUUUUGGAAACUGUACCAAAUGUCCAGCAGGAAGCUAUCAAGAUAAGGCAGGGCAAUCAUCUUGUCUGCCAUGCUCACCUGGUUACAUCAAUGGGAAUUCUGGAGGUAUUAAUUGCACAGCUUGUCCACCAGGCCAGUAUCAGCCUAAAGAAGGAGGGAAAACCUGUUUAAAAUGUCAACCAGGUCAAUAUCAACCUAAAGAAGGAGGUAUUAACUGCACAGGCUGUCAACCAGGCCAAUAUCAGCCUAAAAUGGGAAGGAAAACCUGUUUAAAAUGUCAACCAGGUCAAUAUCAACCUAAAGAAGGAGGUAUUAACUGCACAGUUUGUCAACCAGGCCAAUAUCAGCCUAAAAUGGGAGGGAAAACCUGUUUAAAUUGUCAACCAGGUGAAUAUCAAUCUAAAGAAGGAGGUAUCAACUGCACUGCUUGUCAACCAGGUAAAUAUCAACCUAAAGAAGCUGGAAAAACCUGUUUGAACUGUCAACCAGGUCAAUAUCAAUCUAAAGAAGGAGGGAAAACCUGUUUGAACUGUCAACCAGGUCGAUAUCAACCUAAAGAAGGGGAAAACCUGUUUAAAUUGUCAACCAGGUCAAUAUCAACCUAA